AUGUCCAUCGAGGAAAAAGACGGAAAAGUAUGCAGACACAAGGCAGAAGAAACAUGCAACAAAAUGUUCUCAGAGGUAUAUCAGAGAUUCUAGCAUGGAAGAUGAAGUACAGUGACAGUGAGGUGUACUAGAAAGACUAAAGCCUGAGUCUUUGAAAGAGACGUGACGUGUUGUAGAGGAGACAGGACUAUGUGUUUGUGUAGGGAGCGGGUAAGGAGAACAGGGAAGGGUGUGAGUGAGCAUGCUCCGUUUGGGCUGACAUUGGAUGCCGGUUUUGCUCCUCCACCUCUCACACAGGAACACGCCCAGCAGCAGUGCCACCUACCACACUCCAGGGGACAGAAAGAACAUGGCUGGAGUAUAGGAGAGCAGAGGAGACAAAGUCAAGGGAAGAUCAUCCUUGUUUUGAAUUUUUCCUUUUCAAGAAUUGACUGAAGCUAUUUCCACUUCCACCAGAAAGAGAAGGACUUUUUAGCAACCAGCAAAGGAUUUGUCGUCCAGCAACUGUUGCAUAAACCAGACUGGGUUUUGCUUUGGGAGUUAUACUUUGGAGCUGUAGUUUUGUGAAACAGUUAAGUUACCUGUUGAAAAGCUGCAGUGGUGACAAACAGUCCCCAGCGAUCAUACAGCGAGAAAGACAAAAGUGGACUUUGUUAGUGGAUCAUGAUGCAUUGUUUAAGGAGGAAUCAACAGGGAGACUGCUAAACUGCCUUAUGUUGCCUUUCAUUCCUGGAGGCUGAUUGGGAGCAGUCAGGGAGUGGCAGCUUGACCACACACUGACAGACUGCUUACAGACUGUUGGCUAAAUGUGCACAGCUUUUCAGAGUAACAGAAAGCAAUCAUUGUUUGUCUGUUUCUCUGUGCUGCAGCGUUAGCGCCUAGCAACCAGCCCAGUGCACCAUUUCACUUUGGCCUGAAAGACAGGUCAGAUGGAUACCUGGUGAACCUGCUGCGGCAGGAACUUUAAUGUUUAAAUUUUUAUUUUUUCCCCCCUCCAGAGUCUCUGCACACAGUCAUAGUCCAAUAUUAUCUUUUUUGGGCUUGUUGUUUCUCAGACUUUCAAGCUUGCUUUUUGCCUGGAGUCAGAACACAGGCCCCAUUCUUUCAUUACAGCUUUCCCUGGACCCUCAUGAGCUCAUGCUCCCUGAAGGGGGGACCAGGUGGAAGAAAUGUGAUCCGAGUUUGUGGUGUGUGUAUAGGGCAGCAGCAGAAGUGUGUGGUUUCCAUGGAAAAGGCUGGAGAAAAAUGGAGUCGGGGGGCUGUGUGAAUGCUCGAACCCUAUGUCUCUGGUCCAAGUGAAAUCGAAGCCGGCUUGCAUAGCGCUGCAAGCUCCGCCCUGGAACUCCUUGUUCAGACUCUUCCCGUGUGUAACCACAAGGAACUUGCACAGAACUAAAGGUGACUGAGCUUUUACACACAUCUAAUGGCAACAUUUACACCUUUCUCCUCUUCAGCUUAAUGUGUUACUCGUGACUGUCCUUGUAGCUGCGGUCAGUGUUGUAAAAUGUCAUAAAUUCCUGUGCUCAGGCCAGCUGUACCUGUGUGUGUGUGUGUGUGUGUGUGUGUGUGUGUGUGUGUGUGUGUGUGUGUGUGUGUGUGUGUGUGUGUGUGUGUGUGUGUGUGUGUCAGGUAGAUAAAUUGAUUUGCUGUUUAAGUAGACCUUGUCCAACUAAAGUGUGUGUUGUGACAGAAUAUAUGCUCAAUAGCUCGGCUGUGUGGGUGAGUACAGAAGACGCUUGAAGCAAGCGUGCCUGUGUGCAUUGUGAAGUCUAUGUGGUGAGUGUGUGAGCGCCGUACAAUGUGUGUGUGUGAGACUGGGAAAAGAGUGGGCCAUGAGUUGAGAACAAAGAAUGGCAUGUUUGUGUUGAAGCCGAGCUUGUUGUCUGCCUCCCCCUCUACUCGUGCUCUCUUCAUCUUUCUCCUCUCUCUUGUGUGUCUUCUCUCAUGCCCUCUCCCUUGUAUCUUUAUCGUCUUGCUCAUAUGUUUUCACAUAUUUUCGUCCUUCCCCGCCACAUUCUCCCUUCGUAUGUAUGUCUUUUUUUCUCCUGUAUUUUCCCUCUCACUUUCCUUGGCCUUUGUUCAAGCAGCUGUCUUUUGGACUUGUUGUAUACUUGCUUCAUCCAUUUCUAGUCCUAAAGGCCUCUCUAUAUUCCCAGUCAGUAGCCUCUGGAUGUAUGUGUUUAUGUUUUGUCUGAGACAAGUAAACAUUGCUGCAGACCAACUUGGCUGACUUCAAGUACAUUUCCUGUUUUAUUUUACUGCUCUUACAUUAUUGCCAAUCAAAUGACAUCUUUGAAAGAUGCUCUGAUGUGUGUGGUUCCAUUAGCUCAGUGCUGAACAGAAAUGCUAAAAUCCAGUGCUCUAACCAUCUGGUUUUUGUGGGUUUACUAACGCCCACAAAGAAGAUUUCUUGCUGUAAUCAUUACUGCUGUUUUCAGUGUAUAUGUUAGGGGUGGGAAUCACCAGUGGCCCCACGAGACGAUAUUAUCACGAUACUUGGGCCACGAUACAAAAUUAUUGCGAUUUUUAACAUUUUGCAAUGCAUUGAGUAUUGUGAUAGAAUAUAUUGCCAUUUAUAUUGCUAGUAUACAGUAUAUGAUCUCUUUCUUAUGCACUUUCAGUGGAAGUGACGUGAACAUGCAACCUAAAACAGCUGCUCAACUUUGUCCUUUUUGUAAAGUUUAUAUUUUUGAUUGACAUGGUCACAUAGGUGAUUGUUGUUCUGUUAAUUGUUGAAGUUGUAGUGGUUGUUGGUGGUAUCCUGGUGCUUAAUAUGAAAAGGUGUCCCUUUAUGUUUGUUAGUAAAGUGAGAAAAAUAAAACGGCCACUCUUUAAUAUAACACACUCUAGUAUACCGCCACCCCACUACAUCUUCAACAGUGAACUAGACUGAUCAUGUGUCUCAACAUGUGAAUGAAAACUGAAAAGUUAGCAGCUUUGGAAAAGUAGAAUUUUUGGUACAGCUGUUGUUAAGCAUGUCCCGAUCCGAUAUUGAUAUCAGAUAUCAGAUAUCUGUCCCAUAUCACCAAAAAAAUAAAUAAAAAUAACAAAAAGACUAUCGUUUUAUAUCAGCCUGCAUCUACAACUCCGAUAUCAGCACUCUGAUACAAGCACUCCAUUCUAGACUCUGCUUCAGCACCUCUAUCUAGCAGUGCCCGUAUCCAGCAUGCAGAGCCCAUGUAAUCACAACAACAGUGUGUACUUAGGUACAAACAAAGUAGCAAGGAGUUGGAGUGAUGUUGACUGUGUGGCAGUAUUUUUCAUUAAAGUCCAAAGAAAACAUUGCAGCUGAGUGCAAAACUUGUCAUGCAGAAGUUUGUGCUAAUGUCGAAUCAAUAUUGGUAUCGGCCAAAAUUGAAGGCUACAAUAUUAGUAUAGCAUCGGAAGUAAAAAAGUUGUAUCAGGAAAGCCCUAGCUGUUGUGUUGGAUUGCACUGAAAUGGCCCAAGUUCUCAUAAUAGUAUGGCUGGUUUGUGUAUUUGGUUAUAUUGUAAUUGAAAACACGGCUGUAAAGGACAAUUACAUGCACGCAAACCUCAGUGAGACAAACCAAGGUUUGAAAAACAGAUGUCAUGUUGAUAUUUAUGCACUUUAAACAUUCAAAAUACUUUAUUUCAGGCUCAGACUCAGACUGAUUUUUUGUAAUCUUGACAUGGAUGCCAGGAAUGUAAAGUUUGAGACAGCACUUACAUAAAGACCAUAAUCAUAAAAGCUUGGCUGCUCCUGAUCGCAGUUGUUGUCAAAUGUAUUUGACUGUCGAGUCUACAGUGCAUUGUAUAAAUAUGCAGUCAGCUUGCUUAGAAAUCUGUCAUGUAUUGGAAAGUAAUUUGUUUGGCAUGUGUGUUGCGUAAUGCAGAGAGAAACCUGCCUAUCUGUGCGGCUAGUCUGAGCAUACUUGUUUUACAUAAUGUGAGUGUAAUGUUGACACAGGCUCCACCUAACUCCCAUUACUACCUUAACCAUAGAUUCAAUAACCUGUUUGCUCUGACACUGCCACUGUUGAUCUUGAGCCUGUAUUCUGGUUAUCAAGGAUCACCUCUUUGGUACUUGAAAGUGAAUGCAAUGUCACCAUCUUAAUGGAGAGGAAGCCGGUUGUCUCUUUGUGUCCAUGCUUCAAAGACACUGAUACAAUAUGGUUGAAUAUUUCUUAUCUAAUUUGUAGAAGUGAUCUGGUACUCAGUCACAUACGCACUCGUGACCAGAACAGGUUUCUAAGUUUGAAUGUAUCAUUAUGGUGCUACCACGUUCUGAUGAGAUCUCUAAUCCCAGGACAAGUGUUCCAUGGUUUCUCUAAUGUGGUAGAAGCAGUGCACGUCUUUGUUUCCACAUUUAAAAAAUGACUGCAACAGUCAGUUUGAAGUUUGUGCUAGCUGCUGAAGUUGUGGUUGUUAUUUCGAGAAAACCAGCAGAUGUGACUAAGUGCAAGAACGUGGAAUAUUAGCACAACUGUGUGUAAGUGACAGAUAUGAAAUGGAGUGAAUUCAGAAGGAAGAUUAUCUUGAAGGAAUCACAGAUAUGUAAUAAUGUGUGCACAUUUUAGCCACAAAAAACAAAAACGUUCUCCUGAAACUUCCUAAAAGUGAGUUCUUCUCUGUUGGUGAUCAGAGUUCAGUCCAGCUGGCGGAUAUCUCUGGAAAGUAGUUGUUGCAUCAGCACCUCUAUGAUCCUACUUACAUAGACUUAAAGUUACUGAUAGAGCUUUAUCUGCUUUAUGAAAUAUGAAUUAAGGGUGCUGGGAAACAACAGAGGGCACGGCAGGAAUCAAUGAUUGUACAGUCUAGUCUAAUCUACAUUGCAUCAGCAGAAUUAUAAGUGGCUUAAAUGCAUUAGAUGAGCAUUGCUUAGUCUGUGUCAGUGUUUUCUUAAGUGCGUGCUGCUCCUUUUUCUUCUAACUAUUUGCAUUGUUUUUCUAAUUCACAAAUUAUUACACACUUCCUACAUACUGAUCUGCUUUAGGCUCAUAUAUUUUCUUUUUCCCUGUGUGUGGUUAAAAUAUUUGAUCUAAGCCUCGAGCAUUAGCCAGGAUUGUGUGAUAAGAGGUUUUGGAAGUUCAGGCGUCCUAAUGUGCUUUGGCUUCUUGAAAUGUGAGAUGGGCUGAUCCCUAACAGUACACAACAACAGUCGCGCUCUUCCUGGUGGAUUAUUUGCUCAAUGGUCGGCUGAUCUAAGAAGGAGGGGUGUGUAUCAUCAUGUUAAACGAACCAACUCCAUUAUCAAGCUUGUACUGUUCUUUGGGAUGAAAACCAGACUGCCACUGACACUGGUGAAUGUACCACAGAGAACUGUGAAAUAAUGCGCUGUCAGUCACUUCAGUAAUCGUAGUUUUACUCUAACAGAGAGUAUAUUUUGACCUUGUUUUCACACACUUGUUUACCUCUUUUCCUCUCUUUUUCUUUUUUCUUUCAGAGGUCCCCACAUUUCAAAGGAAGACGAAAGCCUUAUUUGGAAAUCUUAUGGACGAAGGUGGGUAUUAAUGCUUCUAACUCCCUCCCCCUUUUUUUUAAUCUGUCUCUCAGUCCAUCUCUAGUUAUUUUAAGAUUAAUGUUCCAGUAGUCUUUUAAGCUGACAUUCUAACUGAUUGUAGUGACCUCAAAUAGCCAGGAUUUCCUCUGGUGUACAUGCUCCACUAAGCCUCAAAGUGUGCUCAGACAAGAAAGCAAAGUGAGUGUUACCCCCGCAAACACCAGCUGACCCCAGAGCCACUUGGGCUGGUACAGACAUUCGCUGACACGUUGCCUCUCAGCAUGUGUCAGUUAAGCAAACACGCUCAAGUUAGGGAUUCAGAACAUCCACCUGAGGUGCACACAGGUUGUUUUUAGUCUCGCCGCCCUCUCCAAGAACUCUGGAUUUAGUUUACUGUUGCUAUGAGUAGCUUGAAGCAGAGCAGUGCCCAGUGUGAUGUCCUGUGUGCGAGGUCAGUCUCCAAUCAGAGAUUCAGACCAGAUUUCUGCUCUGUUUCUCAGUCUCCUUUCAAAACAGUAAGCAAGGCGGCUGUCUUAUCUUGUAAGCUAUUGAGCAGAAGGCCUUGCUGCUUCAGUUACUCUGAUGUGAGAUCACAAACAAGAACACAGUGAAUAUCUUCUUGAAGAUCAUUCUCAGGGACAGCCAAAGACCUGUCCUCCUUUUCUAAUACUCUUUUCCUCACCAUCUGCACACAUUGUGAAUUACCCCAGCUGGAAUCUUACCACUACCAUAGCUCUGGAAAGACUAAGUUUAACCUAAAGUUAACCGGAUGACUGUCUAACACGCUGCUCAAAGGUACAGACUGCUGAUUUCCUAGAGGCUCGAGCAUUUGCUUUAGUUUACCCCUCUUCGAUCAUUGAAAGCUGCAUUAAUACGGCACCACUUCAGCAGCAUGCAGCACCGUUUUUCUCUUUCACCGACACAAAAGAGGACAACACUACACAACACGUCCUUGUCUACUGCUAGCUUUUAAUUUAGCUCUUUUGUUUGUUGGUACAGCACUCUGUAUAAAAGAAAACAGUCAGCUCAGUCUUUUCUUCUCUGAAGAACAGGGGCUGCAUGCUUAGUCACUGCUUGUGUCUGCUGUCAUCCUCCUCCCCUCCACCUUCAUGACACUGAGCAGUAUGUGCUCACCGCUCUCUCUGUCUCUCUUUCUCUCUAUCUGGUUAGCUGACUCACUCUUUCUGUCUUACCAGCUCCUUUGAACUCCUGUUUGUAUCUGUUUCUCACUCUUUUGGUUGCAUAAUUGAUUUUGAAUACUAGGGGGCUUAUGAGGAGUUUCAUUCCUACAAAGCUCUUUGUCCUUUUUAACGUAAAAACUGAAAUCCAGAGGUGUGCACUUGACAAUACUGCAAAAGCAAGCUGUAAAGGCGCUAAGUAGCAACAACAAAAGGAAGCUGGGCCUUUUUUUUCUGAUUUAUUUGUCCUUCUAUCUUGGCAGUGUCAUUUCUUGCCCCCCCACAUGCCACACAGACAAGUGAUGCUAUGUUUAACCCCCCACUGGCUCUCUUUAUUUGGGCUUGUUGCCAUUUGUUACGUGUGGCGAGUUAGCCGCAGUUAGCCAGCAAGGUGUGAGUCAGAAGUUAAAGUAGGGCAGUGAUUCUUUGAAGAGGUUCAAUAACACUUCAAAAUAAACACCCAAAUUUCAUUGGUGUAUAAAGUGGGCUGUGAAUCCCUCUUUGAAUUAUUCCUGUAGAAUAAUUUAAACAAUGCAAUAAGGAGAACUGUGAUCUGAUUGGCUGCAAAGAAGUAGAACAUAGAAGACAAAAAGGGUUGCUACUCAGAUACAGGUCAGAGAAAACAGUAGAAAGUACUCAGAGUGAGGGAUCAUAUCAAGCUGCAACAAAACUGAAAACUCCGCGCCAUGUCUUCUGUUGAAUAUAAAUAGCUUAUCACAGGAGUCCAAUGACUAACCUGAACAACUCAGCAGAACUGUCACAGAGUAGCAACUCUCACUUGUUUGCGAGUACACAGUGGGAAGAAGUAGAUUUUCUAAACCAACUAAAUGUCAUGGCUGCUUCUGUGUAAGAAAACAAUUGCAGAAGACAAGAAUCUCUGAUCGUAUUUUGAUAGCUCCAGCUUUUUUGAUACGCACAGAUAUACAACUCAACAUUAAUGUAAUAAACACAAACACAAGCUUUAACUGCAAAAAAGGGCAGAUUGUUAGUUUUGUUUGAAUGAGCAGGAUUACGAAGUGUCAAGCAGCAACUAGGAAUAAGGUAGGGAUGGGAGAAAACAUUGAUACAGCAUAGUAUCAUGAUAUUUUGUGUGGUGAUAUAUUGCGUCGUCUGAUUUAUCAUUUUUCAAAUUAAUUGCUAAUAUGAAGUCAAAUCUAUGAUAAUGGAAAAAUAAAAUCAACUGUUCAGUGAGAUUGGCAGAGGUGACAUCAUAGAGCAGGAGAAAGUUAGUACAACAAAUAUAUAUAAGGUUUGCAAGAUGUGCUACAUAUGCAAAUAAAAAAAAACUGUGUAAAUAAGACAAACAUGAGGGAAAGACAAAUGCUAAAUUAGCUCAACAGUUGAAAAAAUUCUAUAAAUCGCAAUAUAUUGUAUCACAAUACUCACUGUAUUGCAAAGUGUUAAAAAUAGCAAUAUUAUCGUGUCGUGGCCCAAGUAUUGCGAUAACAUUGUAUCAUGAUAAUAUCGUAUCGUGGGGCCACUGGUGAUUCCCACCCCUAGUAUAAGGAAUGAUUUUAUAUUGGCCCCUCGUAUGAGCUUCCACUUGGAUAUUAUAUAAUUAAGUUUUCAGAUCUUCAGUAACACUUGUUCAAGUAGUUUUAUUUUAAGAGCCUCACCUUAUUUUUGUCCAGGCUGCCUUUAUUUUCAUCAUGAGGAUUUUGGUCAUUAUAGUAAUUGUAUACUGAACUGCUGAUAAUUGAGCGCCUUAUGAUGAAAAAAUGUCUUUCAUAAGUGUGUGACACAUCUUUUAAUGUACCCGUUACACCCUGAGUUCUGUUGUUUUAAGUCCUCUGACUGUGUGUGUGUGUGUGUGUGUGUGUGUGUGUGUGUGUGUGUGUGUGUGUGUGUGUGUGUGUGUGUGUGUGUGUGUGUGUGUGUGUGUGCGUGCGUGCACGUGUGUGUGGUGUGUGGGCAUGCUUGCAUUACUCGGUCAGUCAGAAGCAAUGUGAUAAUCACAUCAAUUAUAAUCAAACUGACCUCAGGAAUCUCAAUGAACUGGCACAAAGCAGUGAAUGCAGAUCUUACAGGAUUGAAAGCAUCCUAAAAAAAUCCUAUAGUAUCUGUAAACACAUCAGACAUUUAUCAUUGAAGGAAAACAACACUUUUUGUUCAAUAGCUCUGAUAUCGGGUGUGGCAAUGAAAGUUUCUCUGUACUCUGAGACUACAAAAAGUCCCCCCUCUCUGGGCCCCCUGGUUGAGGUCCAGUGUUGAUCUAUUUCAGUGAAGUAUGUUCAGUUGUACAGUGGUUCUGCUGACUGAGCUGCAGUCAGUGUUCCUCAACUGUAAAGCCGUCAGUGGCUCGAUGCAAGUGGUCGGGACAGAAGGCAUCUUGUUUAUAAAUCUUAUUAAAGUGUCAGUUUGGAUUGGCUCCUGUCGUUUCCACCAGUCGCACAGCCGGGACUACUGUGUUUCACUUGGUAGGGAGCAAUGAAAUUAGACACACUUGCAUACACACAGCCGGAGAAGAACCUCAUCUUGUUCAAAACUUAAAUUGUUCAUGACAUGCUGUUCGCACAUUAGUAUCGUACAUUAAAAAAUACUGUUGCAUAAGGCUCCCUGCCUACUUGAAAAGUCUUUGCCACCAGCAGCCUUUACUGGCAUUGUCUUUCAGCUGUUUCUGCCCAGUCACAGACUGACUGAACAACCACUGACAGUCGUUGCAUGCCAGCUGACUGCGACCCUGGCCUUGGCCAAGCUGAAUAUCCAGAGCUAAUUCGGUCCCAAUGUUGUCGCUACUGCUGCUAGCAUGCUAGUCGGCUAGGAAGUUCUAUUAAUAGCCGCGAAGGCAUUAUCUCCAUCACAGCAGAUGUGUCUACAAGCUGACAGGCACAGUUGCAGCCAGCUAAUACCGACUGUCAUUGGGUCUCGUUUUUACCUCAGCAGUUGGCAUGUGAGCGCAUGCACAGAAGCUUUACUUAAACAGAUGCACUUGCACGAGCGGUCUGCUGGCUGCUUCUUCUGCCAAGUUUCAAGCUAGAUGUUAAUGAGAAGCUUAUGCAAGAAGAAGAUGAUGUUGAUAAAAGCAUAAAUAUGUUAUUGCGUUGAGUUGGUGGUUUUACCAGGCAAGCGCAAAUCGCUGGACUUUCUUACAGCACUUCCUAUUUAGAGCUGUGAUUUGUGAUUCAUCUGUUUAGGAAAAGACAACUCAUCAGGCUUCAUAAUCUUUAUUAAUGUUCAGUAUUGUAAGUCAUCUCUGGCUUUUCUACCCAGAUCCUGAUAAACCUGAUAUGUAGACUGUAAAGAUCAGACCCCAUGUGGUGUUCCCCGAGUCCAGCAGUCUUUUCUACUUAACACCCUUUAAAAUGUAAAAUCAGCUGCUGGGUUAAGCAAAUAGUGCAGCCAUGACUAAAGCUUUGGCAGCAUUUUGCUUGUGUUGUGGGUGUUAAUUUCCCAGCUGUUGUACUGUCUGUCUACAUACUGCUGCACUGUUUCACCACCUUACUCUCUCUUUUUUUUUUUUUUUUUAGUCUUUCCCUCCCACACAUACUAUCCUCUCCUUUUCCUCUGUUCUGGGUCUCUGUGGGUUGCAUCUGUCUGUGGGUAGGGCUAUAAAAAGUGUGAACUAUGCUAAGGUGCUGAGUAGGUGGGGACUUGGGUUUGCACAGUCAUCCCACUUAAACCUUGUACUACCCAGAAAAGACCCGACACGAGAAACAUCCUCUCUAUCCUCCCAUCCUUCCUUCUUUUUUUUGUCUCCACACCCACGUUGCUGUGUCCUCACAUUACAUUGUGGAACAUUUUUCGCCUCCUCUGAUGUCCUCUGCGUUUGUCUUUGUGUCUAUGUCCCCAUCCCAUCUUUCUCUCCCCUCAUAUCCUCGUCCCACUUCAUUCUCAACUUUGCUGCCACAUUCCUCCUUUCCUGCUGCUCCUCCUUUCUUCCACUUUUUCUCAACACAUACCCUUUUUUUUCUCCCUGCCUCUUCUUUCCUAUUUUCCCUCUUUUCUUCAGCUCUACAGGCCAUCCCAUAAUUAACCACAAACCUGUUACCAAGGCAACUACACAGCAUGAUAGGAAACAGCAGAUACACAGAAACAUACAGCACAUCUGAGUUCACUUUGCCGUCUGCUGGUUCUUUUGUUCACGUGUAAACAGUGAAAUGUGCUCUGUAUUGUCUCGCUGUUGAUAAACAUGUUGAACACAGUACGCUCAGCCCGACACUGACAGGCAGAGAAAGACAGGAUACUGUCAGAGUCUUCUCUGCUCAUCCCUCAUCUCAGGCUGGAAAGACAUGGCUGUAUAUUUCAGAUGAGAUCCACAUGGCUGCAGGAGCCAGAGUCUAAACUAUCAGAGGCGGAUGCUAAACUGGGUAGUGUUGGGAACUGGUAGGGGCGUCACACUCAGGCUGGUUGUUGCCAAAAAUUGAUGACUAAAUGAGUUGAAUAUACAUAGAUCCAGCAUAUGAAUUGCUGUAAUGGAUAAUGCGUGGUCUGCUCUUAGAUGAGAAAGGGUUUAAACUGGGUUGUUGUAUGAAGUAGGGGUGGAAAUCACUAGUGGCCCCAUGAUACAAUAUAAUUGCGAUACCUGGGCCACAAUAUUAUUGCAACUUUUAACAUUUUGCAAUACAUUGAGUAUUGCGGUACAAUAUAUUGCAAUUCAUACAAUUCUUUUAACUGUUUAGCUAAUUUAGCAUUUGUCUUUCCUUUAUGUUUGUCUUAUUUACACAGUAGUUUAUUUUCAUGUAGUACAUCUUGCAAACUUUAUGUGUUUCUAAUGUUCUAUGAUGUCACCUGCCAACCUCACAGGACAAACGGUUAAAUUUAUUUUUCUAUUAUCAUAGAUUUGACUUCAUAUUAACAAUUCAUUUGAAAAAAUCGAUACUCGACAAUAUAAUAUAUUGCCGGACCAAAUAUCGCGAUACUAUGCUUUAAUAGGACACAGUUCAGAUUUUGAGAACAAGCAAAUUAUCUCAAUAUAUGGUAAUCAUUUGUAAUUGAUCAAGAAGGUUCCCACAAAAACAUCAACACAGGACAGUCAGGAAGGAUCCUGUUUAAUCCCCUAUUACCUGAGUACUGGUUUACCAAUAAGCUAACAGCAGACUAUUCAACAAGAUUACUCUGUUGGCACAGUCAUACAGUGAUGCUGGCACUUGAAGAGAAGUCACAUUGGACACCUUUCAGUCACGGACUCGGACAUUUGACUUCAAAGAUGGACCAAAACUCAAACUUUUCUCUCUUUUGAUAUGUUUGGUCCCUCACCCCCAAACCUUUCUUUUUCCCUCCUCAUCCCCUUUUCUUCCUCCUUUCCUACCACUGAACAGUAGAGUAAACUGUAACCAUUGUAAAUAACAUAAACACUAGUUCUGUUUAAAGCGUAGACAAAAUGGGCCCUUGAUUAAACACUUGGAUGGCAUGUUUAGAAUCCAGUUUCAAAUGUAAAUCAUUAUCGCUUAUUAAGAGCCAUUAAAAGUAAUGUGAUGAGAUCAUCAAACUUUCAACAAUCAGUGAUUAGUCAGUUACAUGCUUUAAGAGAGGUGAGUAACCACAGGUUAUACUUGCUUGACAGUAAAGCUUCACGCUAAGGUUGUUAAAUGUUUCAUAACUGUGACACUGUAAAAACAGCACAAUGUGAAAAUGAAGACAGAGAGUGAAAGAGAGAGUGCAGCUGAGGUAAAACAACAUGGCAAAACUUCAAAUGGACUCGUUAUUUACUGAAUAUUUCACAGUGGUUAUGCUGUUAGAACUUGAAAAGGUGCCCACACCUUCACACAAACAUGGAGGAGUGUGCCAGGUUUAGGAGUGAAGCCACUCCUCAUCCUGACUGCUCUAUGACAGGACUGUGCUGCCCAUACAUGGUCACAGCUACUACUGCUAAGUCAUUCAUCUAAUGGCAAAUACUGACACAGUGUUAAGUCCUUAAGCUUCCUGUAAGACCCAUGCUGUGUUAAUGUUUGUUACAGACAGGGAGCAGAGAGAGACAGUGAGGUCACCUGGUCUCUGGAUGUUUUCUAUCAGCUGCAACCUGCCGCUUCACGAGCAGCACCACACCACUGUGCAACAAUGAUUCAGUGAUUUAACAAUAUGUGGAUUAGAACAAAAAAUCAUGUCUAUUUUACUAUGUAGCGCUUUGAACGAUUUUAAAAUAUUAUCCUGUCUUCAGUGAUUUUUUUUUUUUUUUGUUAACAGCUCUGUGUGCAGGUUAGAGUUGAGGUGAAUGAGUUAAUUUCUCACAGCCUUUUGGAAUAACAGGUAUUGAAUAACACUUUGUUUUGAAAUGGUCUCUUUUCACAGUAAAAAUCCAGGUAGCACGACUGCUGUGCUGCAAACGGCAAAAGCUGUAUUGUUUGACAUUUAAAUUCUGAGUGUGUGUUUUUGUAGAUACUUAGUGCGCGCACACACAGUGCAUUUGGACCACGCUUAAGAUUCUGUUAUUGUAAGAGCUACAAGGAAAAGUAUCUUUGCUUGUAGCUACAUGUGAACUGAGUGGAUAAACUUGGACCCCAGCCUCAAUACUUGAAAGAUUUGGUCAGACAUAAAUAUUAGGUACAACUAAAAUGAACUAGUGAGCAGAUCUGUGCAACAAAGUUUGAAUGUGAUAUUUUGGAUUAUGCUAACAGUUUAAUCUCAAAGGUCAAAAGACAAAAAUCAGUUACAAAUGGUUUACUUCAGAACAUGACAAAGUCGCAUCUGCUGAUUAGAUGAGUCAGUCUCAGGGUUUAUGUCAUCUUUCUGUGGCCCACUUUGUGGUGGAUAGUCCGUUAGUUUUGAUGUAGAGGAGUAAGAGCUUCAGUCAUUUACGUUGAGGCUUUUGCUCGUUUUUUUUUUUUUUUAAUAAGUCAGAACAAGAUGAGCAAAAUAACUCUGUCCUUUCUGACACAAUGACUUCUCUCCUCGAUACAGUGUCAUACAGUGUGCUGAAAGUGUUAUCAUAGCCUCUUUCUCUCCCUUCUCUUAUCAGAAAUGAGUCGCCAGACUGCCACCGCGCUGCCCACAGGAACCUCUAAGUGCCCUCCCUCUCAGCGCGUGCCCACCCUAACAGGCACCACAGCCUCCAACAGUGACCUGGCCAGCCUGUUCGAGUGCCCAGUCUGCUUCGACUAUGUCCUACCACCCAUCCUGCAGUGCCAGUCCGGACACCUGGUAUGUAUGCUAUGUGUACCCAGCAAUAUAUUUUGGAUUGGAUUUAAGGACUCUCGCUUGUAUUUUAUGUUCAUCGAUUUAAGUUUCAACAUGACGUCACUAAGUUUGAGGAUUUCCACCAGAGGAAAAGUUUGUGACUGCAGAACAAGCCGGCCUUUAUUAAAGAGUUUGCGUAAUAUUCAUAAAACUAUAAAUAGUCAUGAAUUCACCCAUUAUGGAAAAAAGUGUUGCCAUGGUUUUAUAUCAAAACAUCCCUGUUGAGUCUUUUGAAUCUAAGGUCAUUGCCUGUGAUUCUGUUUCCUCGCUAGCUUAGUUUUGCUUUGCCCCCAAAUAAACUGUAGAGUCACAAAAAUCACAGAAACAGCUUUGGUAGGUCUUUAAAUUAAAGCUACAGUUCCUGGUGGAGUGAGUAAAUGACUAACAGUCUUUGUGUGGUGAGCAGGAUAUUAUGAAAAUCAGAAAUCUGACAGGUUGGGCAGGACCCUUGUAUAAAAGGGUCUUGAUGCAAAAUUUAAUUUUAGAAAUACUUUUGUUGAUAUAAAAAUAAUUGAUUUAACUAACUGAACAAGUUUCUGAUUCCACAGCUACCAUGACAGGAGAUUCUCUCCACUCUGCUUGCUGGAGGAAUUAGACUGAACACUUCCAUUCACAAACAUGAGUUGGCAGGUUUGAUUUAAGUCAAAUGAAUCAGAACAUUUCCAUCGAAGAUAUAGUUUGAUAAAGUAUACAGAACUUCUGCAAAGUAACUGUUGUUAGUUUUGUCCUCAUUCAGCUCUCCUUCUCAGAGCUUUGGAGUUGGUACAGCUUUAAAAGUAAAUGACGCAAAAGUUUCAACUUUAAACAUUCAACAUAGAGUUUAGGUGACUUGCUGGAGCUCAGAGGUGAACUCACCAGCUUUGCUGCUAUUGGCUAAAGCUGUGUUACAGUUACAGUCGGAUGUCGGAGCUGGGAUUGACGUUACGCCUGAGUUGACGGCGUUCCAGUAAACAAGUCGGAAAACCAAGAUAGACGGCUACUGUUGCUUCUAGCUGUUGUUAACAAUUGACAGCUGCCGUUAGCUGUUAUCAGUUGUUGUUAGCCGUGGUCAGCUGUUGUUAGUUGUUGUUUGCUAUACCAGUUGUAAACAACAUAUAAUACAGUAUUUUACUCUUACAAAUACCAUAGCACUGUGUUCACAGUUAGACGUUGGACAUUACAACAUAUACUUCUUAUUCAAUUUUACAAAAACAAAACAGAAGUGCUCAUAAAUAAUACAUGAGGAGAGCUUUCACUGUUACUCUCUACUGUUGAUGCACUGCGCUGCCAUCUUGGAUUAUGAAGUUGUCAUUAAAUCGGGGUUGGUGAGGAUCGUCCGACUUUCCGAGUCAGAAAUCUGACCUCGGGGGUCGUUCUAAUUGAAAGUUCCGACUCUUAACCCAGAAAUCGCGACUUCCGAGUACAGCUGGAACGCACCAUAAAUUGCAGGACAUGACUCAAAACUAAAUUGCCCACACUUUUUAGCCUUACCAAUUUAGCAUGCUAACAGAAAUUUACGGUUCUUUUCAAUAUUUACCAAUUUAAUGUGAGCAGAAACUAACAUUUUGUUUUCAGUGUCAACAGAGAGUAAAAUGUGCCAGAGCUCUAUCCCACAGAUUCAUUUGGUAUUACUUGCAUGACUUGGUUUUCCCUGAUAUUUCUUCUACUAUGUAGAAUUAACAGCCAUUGUCAAAGGGUUCUGACCAAUAGGAAUGAAGUAGAAAAUCACAGCCUUGUGAUUAGUAGCCAGUACACACUGAAUUACAAUGCUGUUGGUGUAAUUGUUGACACUAUUCACUCCAUAGGACCUUCAAAAAUCAGUGUUGUUAUCUGGUAUAGAGGCUUAUUAGCUGGAUGCAACUUAAAAAUGAUGGAAAUACAAUGAUCAUUGAGUGUGUACUUUUAGUUUUGUUUUCUUAACUGUUAUGUUGGGUUAAUCAAACUUCAACAAUGAUGUGUUUGCAAUAUUUUAAAGGCCUAAUGCCAGAAUUUUGAUGUGCUUCCUGAUUCUAACUUUGUUAAAUUCAUAACUGGUUGUGUUUAUUCCCAGGUUUGCUCCAACUGCCGGCCCAAACUCACCUGUUGCCCCACCUGCCGAGGCCCUCUUGGCUCCAUCAGGAAUCUGGCCAUGGAGAAGGUAGCGAACUCAGUCCUCUUCCCAUGCAAGUACGCCUCGUCGGGCUGUGAAGUCACCCUGCCUCACACUGACAAGACAGAGCACGAAGAGCUGUGCGAGUUCCGGCCGUACUCAUGCCCCUGCCCCGGAGCCUCCUGCAAGUGGCAGGGCUCUCUGGACGCUGUCAUGCCCCAUCUGAUGCACCAGCACAAGUCCAUCACCACACUGCAGGUUAGACUACAACUCCACUCCUCACAUGUUUUCACAGAGAUUGUAGAAAUCAUAUACUUUGUUGACCUACUGGAAAUCUUUCAAAAAAAAAAAACCUUUAGCCAUGAAAAAUACAAGAUGUCAGCAGGUUAAAGAGAGAGGGACAAGUCAAUGCAAACUUCAUAUUCUGGAUGCACCUUGUUCUAAGUUUUCCAAAACUUCUCGUGCUAAUGAAGUAAAUGAUACCAGACUGCCAGGCAGGAAAUACUUUGAUAUUCAGCUGUUUGAUUGAAUCUUUUAGUAGGAUGGUCACAUAACCUGAAAGAUAUUGAGAGAAAGUUUGGCUGAGCUGUGAUGGUCAUUAGGCAGGGUUUCUGCUGGGUUUGAAAAAGUCUUAAAAUGUCUAAAAUUCUCUUAAAACCUCUUAAAAUGGCUUUAAAUACAAAUUUGAAAGCUCUACAAAAUGUAUUGAUGUUUCUUACAAAUAAAGAUUGAUUUGAAGUUAGUUUAAAAUGUUUCGAUCUCCCUUCAUGUCUUUUGUGCUUUUUUGCCAGUAUGACUGUAAAAUGGAUCUUAUGUUGUAUUUAUUAUGGUCUUAAAAAGUCUUAAAUUUGACUUGUUGAAACCUGCAGAAACCCCGAUUAAGGCUGUCAUAUUUUCCUCUAUAACACCCUUUAAAAAUGUUAACGUUUCAUGUGUCAUAACUUAACUUCAUACAAAGUGUCAGUGACACAUGUUUGUUUAUUUAAACUUGCAGAGUUAGGCCCGGACUACACAUAUAUACAUAUUUAUCUAUCAGGAUAUUUUUGUACUCCCGUCUAAAUAACUGUAUCUGUCCACACGUGUUAGUUCUCAAAAAUAUCUGCGUCCACACGUAGCCUUCAAACUCAAUCCUAUCUGGUGCCGCUUAAAAAAAAUUCAGGAACAAAGCUACCUGAUUGGCCGAUGAAUCGUAACAGCGUCAUGCAUUGUUUGCAGAAGCUACGUUAGUGCGUCGGGUCCAUGUGACGAUGUGGCUGCUAUAACAAAGCAGACACCUCUGUGAGCUGGCUGACUGGUGGAUGAAAUUGUAUAAAACAAGGUUCACUUGCAAGGCUGAAAUUAGCCCCAAAAGGGCAAAACAAACGUAAAGACUACCCUGUAUGUCCGCCAUCGUUGUUGUUGUUUUUCUUUUUAAUUCGCAUGCACGAGCUGCGGUUUGACGUUAUCGAUCCGUAAAAGUUCAACCACACGAAUCCACUUAUACGGAUAUUUUUUUAUUUCUCCACUUGUUUUUUUGGAUUCAGAUUUAUCCGGUUUGAGUGUUCCAAACUCCCGUUUUGGUGUGGUUGGGAGGCCUAAUCGGACAUAAAUAUGUGCAGUUUGAAAUAUAUCCACAUUCGUGUAGUCGGACUAUUCAGCCACCUGUCAGCAUGAGUGAGGCUGAACAAAGUGGAUCAGUAGAAACAUAGUUGAUUUAAGUUGACAGCAGUAUUCUAUGUUCAGUUUCUUGGGUAAAAAAGACUCAGAACACACUGAUCCCUCAGGAAAACCCUCACUACAUGGUUCACUAUAGCCUUAAUCUGACACUAAAACAUUGAGUCUACUGAACAAACUGGUCCUCUGUAUUUAAAAAAGGACACAUCAACAGUUAAAUGCUAUUUUUGGGUCUCCUGCUCCUUUUCAUGAUCACACAACAUUUGCCAACAGCCAGACUCCUCCACAUUGUCAUGUGUUUGGAGGAGGCAACUGUUGCCUUCUGCAUGUUUAGCAUGCUGAAUAUGUGACUCCCCAGACACCACAACAGUUGGUGUUUUCCGUCAGACUCACACUUACCACUGUGACAUCAGCACAUCACCGGCCCUAUAAACUGAUGUCAUGUGUGGAUGUAGGAAAGUUAGCAUGCUCAAGUUCUCCGUUUUCCUGUCUCAGUGUCCCCUUAACAAAGUCUUGUUUUCACUGACUUUUUGUGCUUGUCUCUGUCCAGGGGGAGGACAUCGUGUUCCUGGCCACAGACAUCAACCUCCCGGGCGCCGUAGACUGGGUGAUGAUGCAGUCCUGCUUCGGCUUCCACUUCAUGCUGGUCCUGGAGAAGCAGGAGAAAUACGACGGCCACCAACAGUUCUUUGCCAUCGUGCAGCUCAUCGGGACUCGCAAGCAGGCAGAAAACUUCGCCUACAGGCUGGAGCUGAACGGGCACCGGCGCCGCCUGACCUGGGAGGCCACACCGCGCUCCAUCCACGAGGGCAUCGCCACGGCAAUCAUGAACAGCGACUGCCUGGUGUUCGACACAUCCAUCGCACAGCUGUUCGCGGAGAACGGCAACCUCGGUAUCAACGUCACUAUCUCCAUGUGCUAA